AGAGAGAGAGAGAGAGACAGAGAGAGAGAGAGAGAGAGAUUGAAUGCUCCGCCUACGUAUAAAAACGUCCAACUUUUCUGAAACAUUCUUACUCUCGAUGUAGCAAAAUGACAGCAACAGAUUAUGAGACGACAUGCGCUCCCACUGCGUCCGGAGAUGGAAAUUGUAAAAAGGCACCUCCUGGUAUCCCUUUGUACAGAAAACUGUGCUAUGCAGUCGGAGGAAUGCCGUAUCAGAUGACUGGCAAUGCCAAAGGUUUCUUCAUGCAGAUCUACUUGCUGGAUGUUGUGCAGAUGACCCCCUUCUAUGUGUCUAUCAUUCUCUUCCUUGGCCGAGCCUGGGAUGCCAUCACUGACCCACUUGUGGGCUAUGCAGUCAGCAAGAGUGGUCGGACUCGCAUUGGCAAACUCAUUCCGUGGAUUCUGUUAUCCACUCCAUUUGCGGUUCUUUCUUACGUCAUGCUUUGGACCACCCCCCAGGACAACAUGACUCCUGCGUCUAGUUUCUGCUGGUAUUUCAUCUGGUGUUGUCUGUUUGACACCUUCAUGAGUUGCUACCAUGUUCCUUAUUCUUCACUGAACAUGUUCCUUGGUGGAGACCAGAGAGACAGAGACUCUGCCACAGGAUACCGAAUGGGAAUGGAGGUGUUUGCAACACUGGCUGGAGCAGCAAUUCAGGGUCAGAUUGUAGGGGUUUACCAUGCAAAGAGGGCCCAUGACUGCAAUAUGCUGAACCAAAGUGAAGUUCUUGGUCUAUCUGGCUAUAACAGUACUUCAGCCCUUACAGACACCCUGCAUAAUACAAGGAGAGCCUAUGUGGUGGCUGCCGUCAUCUUGGCUGCCCUGUACUUCAUGUGUUGUCUUGUGUUGUUCCUGGGAGUGAAAGAACAGUUGGCUCCACUGAGUAAACUGGAUCGCAUCCAAGUGCCAUACCUGACCGGUAUGAAGAUGGUGUGGAAACACACGCCCUACGUUUGGCUGGUGUUCGGCUUCCUCUUCUCCUCACUCGCCUUUCAGAUGGCUCAGGGUAACCUUGCCCUCUUCUGCACCCAUGCUGCUGGAAUGGCAGGGUAUUUCCAACACCUCGUACUCAUCCUCCUGGCUUCAGCCACCUUGGCCAUUCCAGUGUGGCAGGCUGUGUUGGUGAGAAUUGGCAAGAAGACUACCAUAUUCAUCGGCCUGUCUAUGUACAUUCCUGCCUUGGCAGGGAUUGCCAUUGUGAAGAGUAAUCUGGUUAUCUUCAUUCUGAUGUCAAUAUUGGCUGGAUCUAGUCUUGCUGCACUUUACCUUUUACCAUGGUCAAUGCUCCCAGAUGUGGUGGACGACUUCAAGGUCAGAAAUCCGUCUUGCACAGACCUGGAGCCUAUGUUCUACUCAUGCUAUGUCUUCUUCAACAAAUUUGGAGGAGGCAUGGCUAUAGGAAUCUCCACGCUGGCUCUUCAUUUUGCAGGUUACAAGCCUGGUGUGUGCAAACACAACACGGUGGUGAUCACAACCCUGCAUGUGCUGUUUGCCCCUGUGCCCAUCUGUCUGAUCCUGGUGGGCAUGGCCCUCUUCUACUUCUACCCCAUCAACGAGAAGCGACGACAGGAAAUCAGGAGUGCACUUGAAGAGGCAGCGAAUGGUGGCAUGGUGAGAGAGGACUUUCCCCUCUGAAGACAAGUAUCAAGCCAAGAGACCCAGACCCAAGAGGUAAACCCAGAGACCCAGACCCACGAGUCAAGCCCAGAGACCCAGACCCAAGAGUUAAACCCAGAGACCCAGACCCACGAGUCAAGCCCAGAGACCCAGACCCAAGAGUCAAGCCCAGAGACCCAGACCCAAGAGUCAAGCCCAGAGACCCAGACCCACGAGUCAAGCCCAGAGACCCAGACCCAAGAGUCAAGCCCAGAGACCCAGACCCAAGAGUCAAGCCCAGAGACCCAGACCCAAGAGUUAAGCCCAGUGUGCAAAGGAGAAAAGUUAUUUUUUGUUUAUUAACCUCACAUUUUUUUAAGUCCGUUGAAGAAAGUUGAAGUCACUAUUAAAUUCAAAUUUCAAAUGUUAUUGUAACAAUGAAUAGUGAUAUUGCUAGCUGGCGCCAACCCGCUGUUGAGACAUUCUUGUAACAGUAGUUGAGAUGACUGUGAAAUGCCAUCAUGUCUGUGAAUUUGUCCUUCUUUCCAUGUAGCCUGAUAUUUAAAUGCACUAUAAGAUUUUAUAUAUGAUGAGAAAUACAGAUACAAUUGUGUUUAUAGUGUAUCCAAGUUAUUAAUGAAAUUGUGCUUAGGUCAUACGGUGACACAAAUAUGGUGAAUUGUUUUUGUUUCUUAAUGUUAAAUACAACAAUAUGUAAAUAAAAAUAUAUAUAUGUUA